UAACUUGGACGGCGCGUGUGCUGUGAGCGGGGAUCAUGGCCCCGCGGGAGCGCCUCUCGGAGGGCGACGGCUCUGGCGGCUAUUACAAAAGAUGGUGGACCGCUUGGCCAACAGUGAAGCAAACACUAGACGUAUAGGUAUAGUGGAAAAUUGUUUUGGAGCAGCUGGUCAACCUCUAACUAUACCUGGACGAGUUCUUAUUGGAGAAGGAGUCUUGACUAAAUUGUGCAGAAAGAAGCCCAAAGCAAGGCAGUUUUUCUUAUUUAAUGAUAUUCUUGUAUAUGGCAAUAUUGUCAUCCAGAAGAAAAAAUACAACAAACAACAUAUUAUUCCCCUGGAAAAUGUUACUAUUGAUUCCAUCAAAGAUGAGGGAGAUUUAAGGAAUGGAUGGCUUAUUAAGACACCAACUAAAUCAUUUGCAGUCUAUGCUGCCACUGCCACUGAAAAAUCAGAAUGGAUGAAUCAUAUAAAUAAAUGUGUUACUGAUUUACUCUCCAAAAGUGGGAAGACACCCAUUAAUGAACAUGCUGCUGUCUGGGUUCCUGACUCUGAGGCAACUGUAUGUAUGCGUUGUCAGAAAGCAAAAUUCACACCUGUUAAUCGUCGUCACCAUUGCCGCAAAUGUGGUUUUGUUGUUUGUGGGCCCUGUUCUGAAAAGAGAUUUCUUCUGCCUAGCCAGUCCUCUAAGCCUGUGCGGAUUUGUGACUUCUGCUAUGACCUGCUUUCCACUGGGGACAUGGCUGCAUGCCAGCCUGCCAGAUCAGAUUCUUACAGCCAGUCAUUGAAGUCUCCUUUAAAUGAUGUAUCUGAUGAUGAUGAUGAUGAUAGCAGUGACUAAGGACACAUUUUGAAAUAUUUAAUCAGGUGUGACUGUGAGAAAUCAUUUUUGGGGGAAAUGUAAAAUUCUGAGUGCUCUCUCAAUUUCACUCUAGCCAUGACUUUGCCGAGAAACUUUGAACCUGUGUGCCUCAAUAUAGUCUGUAGAAAGUAGGUCCUCCCUCUUUCUCCCACUCCCCACGUUCUUCUUCAGGGAUAGACUGUCGCAGAUAGAUAAAAGUUUUGGUUUCUUAUUCUUGUUUAUUUCCAGAUUAUUUUUUCUUGGGUUGGUGAAAAUGUUUAUUUAAUAGAUUCUUUACCACAUUGUUAUUUUUAUUUCAGUUACAUGCAAAAAUUAAAAGCGCAGAAGGAUGGAAACAGUAUAAUAUGGUUAAUUAAUAAUACUAACUUUUUUCUAAUCAUCCUAAUGAUUAUAACAAUGUUUUUGUCAGUAACAAAAACACUGUACAUGAUUUGGAAGUACUUUUUCACUUUUUUUUAUAUCAAGUGGUGCCUUAUUGUAAUAGCACUGUUACAUGGAAUAUAAGCCCUUACUGUCUCAUUUUUUUGGUUUUAAACACAUUGGUACUCUUUGAAGUAAUAAAAUGAGUGUUUAUGAAUGGGUAUAAUUAGGAAUACUCAUCUGACAGCUAUAAGUCACUAAAUUUGGAAGGUAUCUUUAUUCUAUAUGAAUAAUUUUUUCCAUAAAAUAGUUGUGAUUAUGCUUUAUAGGUACCAAAUUAUAAUUGUCAAAUACACACUUUAAUAAUAGGUUGCUGUUGUUAGGAAUUUGAUUGGAAGACUAUCAGUUAUAUAGAAAUGUCAUACUGCAUUAGCUUCUACUUUUAGUAAGAUGUUUUUAGAUAAAAAUUCAUCUGCUUUAUUGCGAGAAUGAAAAAUCUUAUAAGACCCUUGAAAGUAAAUAAUCUUUUACAAACUCCAUGAUAGAGUACUGAACUACUUCGUCUUGAAGAUUUGGAAGAAAUAAUACAUAAGAAUGAUCAAGGCAGACCACUUUACAUUUGAUUAGAAUUCAUAUCAGUGGAAGUGUUAUCCAUUUCAGUAUGAAACUAUCUUGAAUUUACAAAUAGUGUUAUAUUUUAUAAAGUUUUAUAAAGACCCAAUUUCUAUUUUUGUAAAACAAUUGUAUGUUUUGUGUGUUUCUGAAAUCAUUUUGCAAUCUAUGGAGGUGGACUAGCAUUUGAUACUUCUAAGUCAGUCUAGAUUGCUUUAGAGAAGUAAUUUUCACUUUUUGCUUCUGAGGCAGCCAUUAGGUUGAAAGUGUUUAUCGUAUAAAACUUGAUGCAUCUUGCACUACUGGUUCCAUUUAUAUGCUGCAAAUAACUAUAAUCUUUCAAAUAUGGAAAAUCAGUGUAAAUUUUAAGUUCUAAUUUUUUUUAAGUUCUAAAUUAAAAAUCUGAUUCUUUUACAUAUGUCAUGAGGUUUCAUCCAAUAAUGUGGUGGAAAUUCUUUGGUAUUUUACUGUUUGACUAAGGCACUAAUUUUACUUUACUGUUAAAUUUUGAAAGCACCUGAGGUAUACAGAUCUCUUUCUGGGAAAUGUGAAAGAAAAGCACAACAGAAACUAAGGGUUAUUUUAUUUUAUUUUAUUUUAUUGUGGUUGUUGCUCUUUGUUUUUGGUUGGUCUUAAUAGGAGGUGGAUUUUUGUUUCUAAGCAGUAUAUACAUAUAAUCAAUCAGCAUAUCUGAAAAGCUCCAUAAAACCUGAGAAUGCGAAUGGAUACUAGAGGAACCUAGCAAAUUGAGAAACCAAGGGAAAUGUUCUGAGAUAACAUGUGGCUUGUCAAUCUCUGUUGACUCUUUUUAUAAUAAAAAAUAUUUUGCAACUUGUUUUCUCCACAUUGUGACUCUUCCCCUUUGAUAAGAUAAUAAAGAUAUUAUGUAUA